AUGGAUGUACCCCAGACAAAGCAUAUACUCAUCGUCGGUGGUGGAGUUAUUGGCUCAACAACAGCUUAUUACUUGACCCGCCACCCCAACUUCGACCCCUCGAAACAUACAAUCACCCUCCUUGAAGCCACCUCGAUAGCAGCAGGCGCCUCAGGCAGAGCAGGUGGUCUGCUGGCCCUAUGGGCCUACCCAGAGUGUCUGGUCCCGCUGUCAUACCGUCUUCACAGGGAACUGGCCGAAGAACACGGCGGGGCUGAGAAAUGGGGCUACCGCCGUGUCAAGUGCGGGACCAUAGGCGCCGUUGUGAGGCCGGCUGAUCUAGAGGAGGCAAGAAAAGCGGCCCAAGGCGCAUCCACAGACACACCAACUCUAACACAGGUUGAGACAGCAGCACCGCCUGCAUCAGAGCCUGAAGGGGCUUCUCGGGAGACCAAUGGAGACACCAAAGGCGCAGCAUCAGAGCCGUCACUGGUAUCAGCAACAGCAGCAUCGAGUAUAGCCAGCAGACCUGACCAGAGCGAGGUCAAGAUUGAGAGUGGCACCCAGGCUGGGCCAGGCGAGGAACGGCCAGCAGCAGCCAGGGAGGGAAAAGAGUGGGAGAAGCUGCCCAAACAAGACGCGGCCGCAACCUCGCUCCUGUCCGACUCGGCCCUGCCGCCCGACCUCGACUGGAUCGACCCCAAGCUCGUCCAGUAUUAUGAAGAGAUGGGCCGCCGUGGAUUCACCGAGACAGCUCAGGUGCACCCCUUCCAUUUCACAACCGCCAUCGCCGACCUCGCCCGCGCCGCAGGGGUCGACAUCCGACUGGGUGCCAAAUUCACCGGUGUCAAACCUGCCGAGCCAGCUUCCUCCUCCCCCUCCCCAGGCCUUCUGAGCGUCGAGUAUGAGGACCGCGCCCACGGUGAGGCGAUCAGGACCGUUGACGGUGUGACGGAUGUGAUUGUCGCCGCGGGACCGUGGACGGGCGGGUUGCUGCCGCGGAGCAAGGUGGAGGGCCUGCGCGCUCACAGCAUCGUGUUCGAGGCGGAUGUGACGCCAUACGCCGUCUUCACGGACAUCCAGCUGCCGGCCGACUAUGUGCCCGAGCACAGGGCAAGGGCGGGUCAGAAACGAAAGCACAAGGGGAAUGUGGACCCGGAGGUAUAUGCAAGGCCAUUUGGGGAGGUCUACGCCUGUGGCGAGCCCGACAAGACCAUCCCCCUCCCGUCGACCGCAGACCAAGUCCAGACCGACCAAGCCCAGUGCGACGACCUGGCCGCCUAUCUGGCCACCAUCUCCCCCACCCUUGCCGCCGCGCCCAUCCGCGCCCGCCAGGCCUGCUACCUCCCGCAGCACGUGCGCUUCGGCACCGAGCGCGGCCCGCUCGUUGGACCAACCUCGACGCCUGGCGUAUGGGUGGCCUCGGGUCAUACCUGUUGGGGCAUCCAGAAUGGGCCUGCGACGGGGUACCUCAUGGCAGAGUGGGUUCUCGACGGGGCGGCGAGGGCAGCGGAUAUUGAUGUUUUGCAUCCUGCCAAGUUUAAGGUGUGA